AUGUAUGUUACGGCCCGCCGAAGUCUAGUUGUUAUGAGGAUGCGGCUGAAGGUCUGGAUCGGAGGGGAUGAACAAGAUGCAGAAGGCAGUCAGUACUGUGGUAUUGGCGAUGCCCUUGAACAACCAAUCCACAGUCAUUAUGUAUUGAAUGAGUUGGCGCUCUCAGUUUGCUCCCUCCACAGGGGCGGGCUCGAGGCAGGCUACAAUGCGUCUUCAACUUCGCCACGCUUUGUGGGCGUCCACGGUCCGUCGUACCAAGUCGCUGAAGUAGACACUGACGGGGCGGCCAGACAGCUAUCUGCACCUCCCUGCCCUGCCGGGUCUCACCUCCUCACACUUCGUCCGAUCACAUCCUCCCUCCCCUCCACCAUUGAUUGCAAUUCCUUAUCGCCUACCACCUUUUUCUUGAUACCACGGACAAAUAGGCUCGAUAACUUCGUGCCUCUUCCAUAUCAAAACAUGGCACCCUAUGACUUCAUCGCACAGCAAGAUAUCCGAGAUGCCCGGUUGGCGUUCGCUCGCAGUCUCGUCGAAGCAAAGGACGACAUCGUGGCUUUCGUCGACGAGAGACUCGGCUGGAACAGAACAGCGAGGUACAACGGCUUCCUCAAGGGAUCGUUCAACAUCAGCCUGAUUGUGAAGCGUCAUGACAGCGAAGAGCACGUCGUCAUCCGCUUCCCCGUCCCAGGCAACAUACACAAGCCUUGGCGAGACGAAAAAGUCUAG